AUGCGGAUGGGGUGCGGCAAACGAAAAGCUCACAAAUGGUCACAUCGGGACGGGCGAGUGAUGAAUAACCCGAUCGAACGCGAGCUGACGAAUGCGAGGGUGGACACACGCGACCGUGGUGUGCCACUCGAGGCGGAAAGCUAUUUCCAUGGAUUCUUACCGAUGGGCAUUGCGCGACGGGAACUCAUUGGCAACAACUCACAAGAGGGCUUGUUUAUCGUCUACAUCACUGACAUUUCUGGGAAAGAGAGCCUGGUCGUCUCGGUGUGCCACUAUGGGGUGAUCUUCAACUACAAGAUUCGAAUGUUCCGCGGCACUCUCUACUACAUUAAUGAUCAUUUGUUGGCCAAGACUGUUCCCGCGUUGAUCGAGGCUUUCAUGGCGGAGAAGUGGCCAUUGGAACCGUCGGGACCGCAGCUGCUUCUGUGGAUUGCCGCGCCCGUCGGAGCUUUUGGCGAGGUUUCCGACGGCACUUACGGAAAACCGCCGAAGAAGUGCGCGAUCAAGCUAUUCCACUCGGGAAAUCUCACCGAUGCUAGCAGACAUUCGACAUACUCAAGCGGCGCCUCUGUGACACGGCCAUCAUCAAACUCGAAGUCCGAAGCCUCCAGCAACAAAUCGCCAACCAUCACCGACAAAAUGAUGUUCAUCAACGAGGCUGCUAUUCUGGCGACGAUCACUCACAAGGCCGUCAUCCAACUCUAUGGAGUCUUGAUUCAUCGUGAUCUGGCCGCCCGAAACAUUCUCAUCGACGAGUCGGCCCGAUGUAAGAUCAGCGACUUUGGCAUUUCCGUAUUUGGCAAAGAGGUUCAAGGGGACAAGCGGCUCAAGGUGGCGAUUCGCUGGCUUUCUCCGGAGGCGAUCGAAAAGGGGAUCUUUUCGAGCAAAUCGGACGUCUGGUCGUUUGGCGUGGUGACGGGGAGCUUCACAAACGGUGCCGUCCCCUACCAGCAUGUUAAGUCGCUCAAAGAUGUGAAAAUCGCCGUGGUGAGGAAUAAACUCCGAUUGAAGGCGACACAAGAAAUGCCGGCAGCCACGGCCGAAAUGAUGGCAUUGUGUUUUGAGGAGAAGGCCGAGCGACGGCCAUCCUUUGACACAUUGAAGAAUAGGUACAAGCCUUCGUCGAUGGGCCGGUUGACGAAUUGUAUGCCAAUUUUGCGAAUGAACAAAUCCAAGGGGAGGAGCCGAGAUGAAAGAAAG